AUGGCGGAUCAACAGCCUCCCGCAGACACCGCCAUUGCGGGAGAGUCGCGUGAGGAUGGGCGCGUGCGGGCUCGCCGUGGCAGCGUAAAGACUGCUACCGCUGCCGCCCUGAGCCUGGCCCCACGCCGCACCAUCCGGCCCGUUCUCGUCCUCCUAGCCUCGGUCAAUCUUGCCUGGAGCCUGUACCAGUACCCGCUCAACCGCCUGCUCGAGAGCCGGCUGUGCCGCGACCACUACGCUGCAAACGACCCGUCCGUCCUGCCUCCCCAUGGCAGGGUGCCCGAAGAGCUCUGCAAGCUCGACGAGGUCCAGCAGGCUCUCGGCCGUCUCCAGCGCACCAUGGAGACGGCCUGGGUCGUCGGCGACUUCGUCAUGACCAUCCCGCUUGUUUCCCUGGCAGAACUCUACGGCCGCCGCCAUGUCCUGUGGCUCAAUAUUGCCGCACGCGUCGCCCUGCUGCUCUGCGCCCUGGCCGUGGGCUACUUCGACCGCGUGCUGCCAGUCGCUGCCAUUGUCGUGGGCCCCAUGUUCUCUGUUCUUGGGGGAGACUGCGUCUUCAACUCGAUCAUGUAUUCUCUUGUCUCGAGCUUGACCGAUGACCACGUCCUCAGGGCGACAUUCUUCGGCUACACAAACGCCGUGUCGUCCAUUUUUGCGUCCCAGCUCGGCCCUGCACUUGCGUCUGGUACCAUGAGCAUUGCCCUAGAGCUCCCGCUGUGGAUUGGUGUCGCUCUCUUGCUCCUAGCCAUUUUUGUUGUUCCAAUGCUGCCCUCUGAGCCUUCGUAUUUGAGACGCGGGCAUGACCACGUAGACGACAAUGAUGUAGCGCCGCUGUUGCCGGCGUCCUCUUCAAGUCGCGGGAUGCAAAAGAAGGGAGUGGUAGCGCUGGCCGCUGACCGCUUCCGCGCCAUCCUCGACAUCUUGACGUAUCCGUCGCGGAACUUCAGCCUCUUGCUGUGCUGUUUCUUCUGCACGUCCCUGGCCAGCUCCGACACCAAGUUCCUCCCCCAAUACAUAUCCAAGCGGUAUGGGUGGACGUUUGCCUCGGUUGGCUAUCUGCUGUCGAGCAAGGCGGUGCUGAACUUUGUCGUGCUCACAUUCGUCAUCCCCCUCGUGCUCCGCCUGAGGCAGCCCACCUUCGAGGCUACCGCCUCGCCGCCCCAGCGCCAGGAAGCCGCCGACAGGGCAAACAUCAGCUAUGCCCAUGUCUGCCUUGCCUUCUCGGCGCUGGGUGCCGCCGCCAUCGCGCUGUCGCCGACCAUCUGGCUCCUCGUGCCGUCGCUCCUGGUCUACGGCCUGGGCAUUGCCCUGCCCAUGUUCACGUACUCGCUGCUCAAAUCGCCAGCCCUCGGCCCAAGACGGGACAGCAGAGACACCCCUGGGGCUGGCCAUUCGGAAACGCAGAUCUUUUCCAUUGUCAUGCUCGUGAAAACGGUCGGUGCCCUGCUAGGUGCGUUAAUGAUGCCGAGCCUGUGGAUCGUAGGCAUCAGACUGAAGGGGACCCUGUUUGGACUUGCGUUCCUUGUCAGUGGCCUGUGGUACGUGUUUGGCAGCGUAACGUUGUACAAGAUUAGAACUAGAUAG